UACCUGCCUCAGGUGAACAUAUGGGGAGGGGCGGAUGCUCGUUGAAUACGGAAGUAGGCUACAAUAGCUUUUGUCGCAGGUAAAGAACACACAGAGAUCAGAGCUGAAAAUAACGAAUUGGCAUUUAAAGUUGGUCCGCAACUAACCAACCAUGGCCAGAUGUGCCGGCCUGUCCCACUGCCAACUCGCCCUGGCCUUCGCCCUGAUUAUGGACUUGCUCGGUGUUGCCGCCCUGCUGACUGGGGUGUUCGCCACGCUGGAGAUCAAGGGUCGGGAUUUCGGCGACCUGUUGGUGUACACGGGAGCCCUCUUUGUGCUGAUGUCGCUGGGCGGCUGGGUCAUGUGGUACAGCGGGAAUAUCGACGGCCUGACGUCUCGCAAGGACUUGGGUCACAUCAGCAGCGCAGUGGACAGACUGGCGAGGAACCUCAGCCGCAAGAUCACCCGCGGGCACCACCGCACCCACAGAGGGCCUUGAGGUUGGGGAUGAUGCGGAGGGCAUUCUGUGUGUGCUAGCAGGUAAAUGGAGAAUGUACAAAUUACAUCCUGCAAACCAAAGGUCAAGUUUCAAGGUCAAAUACCAAGGGCAUGACUGAACCCAUGGUAGGAUUUCAACGUGUGUGGAAUAACUCUCAUCGCUCAGAGCCAGCAUCAUCCAACAAUGUACACAACAAUUUCCACUCACUAAUUAGUAAGUGGACAGCCAAAUAACAGGACUACAUACGCUCCCAUUCUAGUUCAUUUAACAAGCAUCAGUGUUGGCAUUUUACCUACAGUAGUAUUAAUGGUCGAAAUUGAUGUUUUUAAUGGUAAAUGUUUUGUGAACUCGUAUUCCUAUGAUCUGUUUUUAUCUGUUACGAAGUUGUUGUAUAUUACAAUAAAUUCUUGUGAACAUUUCA